AGGUAUCAAUUAACGUCGCAUCGAAUGUACUCUUUGUGAUCAUUAUUUUAAACGCGUGAGAAGACUACAUCCUACUUUACGCUAACUUUUACCUGACUGUAGAAGAAAAACUAUUUCUUUCUCUUUCACAUUGCCGUUGUGGACCAAUCAAAUUGAGCCACACGUUUUAUGGAAAACAUUUAUUAAUUCGCGUUUUUGGGAUUUCAGUUCAUUUGUGCAUUGUGGCCGGUUUAAGGUGUUUUCUCUGGAUCUGCGUGGAAUUUCUGUGAUUUUUGCAAGGAGUCGUACAGCAGGAUGAAGUACGUUGUGCUACUGGGGCUGGGGAUGCUCCUGAUUUCAGGACUCUGUAUGAUCAGGGCAGAUGAGGAAGAUAGUGCAGAAGAUGUGGAAACGAUUGAGAUGAAUUUGGGAGCGAGUAAAGAGGGCUCAAGGACAGAUUCUGAAGCACUCAAACGUGAGGAAGAGGCCAUAAAAGUGGACGGAUUGAAUGUGGCUCAAAUGAAGGAGUUGCGAGAAAAAUCGGAAAAAUUCGCCUUCCAGGCUGAAGUGAACAGGAUGAUGAAAUUGAUCAUCAAUUCCCUGUACCGCAACAAGGAGAUCUUCCUUCGUGAAUUGAUCUCCAAUGCUUCCGAUGCUCUGGAUAAGAUUCGUCUUCUCUCCCUCACGGAACGAAGUGAACUCGAAACGAAUCCCGAUCUGCAGGUUAAGAUCAAGGCUGACAAGGACAAUGGGGUGCUUCAUAUCAUUGAUACGGGAAUUGGUAUGACCAGGAAUGAUUUGGUUAACAAUUUGGGUACAAUUGCCAAGUCAGGUACUGCGGACUUCUUGUCAAAGAUGCAAGAAACCAAGACUGAGGGGCAGGAUGUCAAUGAUAUGAUUGGACAGUUUGGUGUUGGCUUCUAUUCUGCCUUCCUCGUGGCUGAUCGUGUUGUCGUGACCACGAAGCACAAUGCCGACAAGCAGUACGUGUGGGAGAGUAAUGCUGCUGAAUUCACGAUUGCUGAGGAUCCCCGUGGAGAUACCCUAAAGCGAGGAUCACAGAUUUCUUUGUACCUCAAGGAGGAGGCUCGUGAUUUCCUCGAAGAAGACACUGUGAAGCAGCUCAUCAAGAAGUAUUCGCAAUUCAUCAAUUUCCCCAUCUACAUGUGGACAAGCAAGACUGUCGAAGAGGAGGUCCCCAUUGAGGAUGAGCCCGCAAAGAAGGAAGAAGAGGAGAAGAAGGAAGAUGACGUUGAUGAAGAUGCUCAAGUUGAGGAAGAGCAGGAAGAGGAGAAGCCCAAAACGAAGAAGGUCUCCAAGACUGUGUGGGACUGGGAGAUAAUGAAUGACAGCAAACCCAUCUGGACACGAAAACCAGCUGAUGUGGAAGAAGCUGAGUACACAGAGUUCUACAAGAGUCUCACAAAGGACACCUCUGAACCCCUAACUCACACGCACUUCAUUGCUGAGGGAGAGGUUACCUUCAAGUCCCUCCUCUUCAUCCCCAAAGUUCAGCCAUCUGAGAGCUUCAACCGCUACGGCACCAAGUCCGACAACAUCAAGCUCUACGUUCGUCGUGUCUUCAUUACAGACGAAUUCAAUGACAUGAUGCCCAGCUACCUCAACUUCAUCCGUGGUGUUGUUGAUUCCGAUGAUUUACCCCUCAACGUGUCCCGUGAGACGCUGCAACAGCACAAACUCAUCAAGGUGAUCAAGAAGAAGCUCGUGCGCAAGGCUCUGGACAUGAUUAAGAAGAUCGACAAGGAGGACUACGAAAAGUUCUGGAAGGAAUUCUCAACAAACAUCAAACUCGGCGUCAUGGAAGAUCCCAGCAACCGAUCACGCCUUGCCAAAUUGCUGCGUUUCCAGUCAUCCCACACCAAGGACAAGGAAGUCACCAGCCUGGCGGACUAUGUGUCCCGCAUGAAGCCCAAACAGGAUCAUAUCUUCUUCAUUGCCGGUCCCGGACGUACUGAAGUUGAGAAGUCUCCCUUCGUUGAGCGCCUCCUGACGCGUGGCUAUGAAGUUCUCUACCUCACGGAAGCCGUCGAUGAGUACUCCAUCUCUGCUCUGCCCGAAUUCGAUGGAAAGAAAUUCCAGAAUGCCGCUCGUGAAGGUUUCACACUCACCGACAGCGAGGAGGCCAAGACGAAGUUUGAUGAGCUGAAGACAUCCUUUGAACCCCUCGUGAAGUGGCUCAAUGAGGUGGCACUCAAGGAUGAAAUUGCUCGUGCACAGAUCUCUGAGCGUCUCAGCAACUCCCCAUGCGCCCUUGUGGCCAACAUGUACGGCUGGACGGGCAACAUGGAACGCCUGGCUAUGUCCAAUGCCCAUCAAAAGUCCGAUGAUCCCCAGCGGUCGUACUACCUCAGUCAGAAGAAGAUUCUCGAAGUCAAUCCACGGCAUCCACUCAUCCGCGAGCUCCUGCGACGCGUUGAGGCUGACGGGGAGGAUCCCACGGCAAAGGAUAUGGCUGUGAUGAUGUUCCAAACAGCCACACUCCGUUCCGGAUACAUGCUGAGGGAAACUUCUGGCUUUGCUGACAGUAUUGAGCGAAUGAUGAGGCACACAUUGGGCAUUGACCCCAAUGAGAAGCCCGAAGAGGAGGAGAUUUUCGAGGAGGAAGACACCAAGGAUGACCAGGAAGCCGAUGGCAGUGAAGAAGCGGAAGAAAUUGAUGCGGAUCAUGACGAACUCUAAGCGGGGGCGUAUUCUGUAUGUGUGUACAUGUGUGUCCAUUUGCGAGCGUAUGUGUGUAAUUUUGGGGAUUCCAGUAAAACUCCCGGCAAUUUUGUAUAAGUCAACGUGUACACGGAAGCUACGGGAAAACCUCCAAUCUUCUGUUAUCAUCAAAAGUGCCAGAGGAGUUCAAUUUAUAUUAUAAAGCGACUGAUUGAUUAAUUUUGUAAGGUUUAUCAGAAAAACAGCGUAAUUUUUUUUUCUUCUUACAUUCGAUAAGGUCACAGAGAAGCAGAAAAAAUGUGGAAGAAGCCAUUCCACUUAAUUUUCUUUGAUUUCAUCCUCAUGUUAUCUCUGGAGAGAAAGAAUAAAAUUUGCGUGUUUUUCCCGCGCAAGUUCAUUAGGAUUUCUUAAUACUAUUGUACUGUAUUUAUGUAGAACGAAGAGAGAAUAAAAUGAAAUUAAAUAAAA